AUGCCAGUUUAUUCCGGACAAAUUAUUCAUGGUUCAAGCAAUGGUGAUAGAGAAACGCCGAUAAAUAUUAACUUCCAAGGCAUUUCACAGUUGGCUUACCAAGUUUCGCAGAAGAUUCCUGUUCCCCCAUUCACAGAUAAGGAACCUGCAAGGGAAUCGAUGAGUUUAGAAAAACCAAAGAGAAAUCGAAGACGUUCCAAGUUUACCAAAGAGCAGGACGAAAUGAUUAUAGCAAUGAAAAGAGAGGGGAAAUCUUGGGUAGAAAUAGCAGAAUCGGCCAGAGUGGGAUCCUAUUUAGCGGCUAGAAACAGAUACCAAGUAUUGAUUGGACAGCAGGGAAGAGGAAAUUCAGAAAGUGGGCCACAGGACGUUUUGGAAUUACGAAAUCUAGUCGAUGAGGCAGAGUUAGAGAAAUGGAAAUAUCUUUCCAAGGAACUCUCUAAGGAUACCGGUAGAAACUAUACUCCGGAACAGAUUCGAGAGGUUGUGCGAUAUUUAUUUUGGAAGAAUCCACAGGAAUUCGAUGUGGAUGAAAAAUACCUAGUGCAGCUCAUUAAGCAGCAGAGCAAGGAAGUAGCUGAGAUACCCACGGGGUCUACGGGAUCUAUGGGAUCUACAGGAUCUGCGGGAUCUACAGUGUCUAGGAUACCGACGAUGCCUGCAGUACCGUCAAUACCUGCAAUGCAACCGAUGACUCAGUCACAAAUAUCAACUCAACAAGUUCAACCCUCACAGCAACAGCCGUAUUACCCAUUUCCUCGGUUUCAGCCGCAGUAUAUUCAGCCGCAAGGUUUAGGCGUGCAGCUACCGGGCAAAAGACCAGGACCGGCCUCUACAGAAAAAGCUUCCUCGGAAGAAAAUCUUAGAUCUCCUCGCCACCACAAACAAUAA